AUGCAGCGCAUCAAUUUGCUAAACUCCCAGUUCCAACUCGGCCUGCCCGGCUUCUGCCCCGACUUCGGCAAGCUGGCCCCACUUUCGCCCAACUACGCUACUUCGGACCUGGGUUCGAGUCCGAGGAGUUCGAUCUCGGUGACGACGUCCGGGUUGGGGCCCUGGACCUGCUAUCGGGAUAAGGGAUUGCCCAGGUGGCGAGUCCCCCUUCUCGAUGUAUGCGCGCUCGCCGCUCCACUCGCCGACGCCGUACAACCAGUUGAUGCACUUCAGCUUCGACCCGAUCCGCAGCGCCUCGUCGAUGUCAAACCGUGCUGGUCAUCUACUGCAGCCGCAGUCGUACUCCUUGGAUUUGACGAGGUGCCGGCGACGACCUCACGGCCACUUUCUGAUGUCGGCCAGUAUAAGAAGCGACUGAUGCACCGCUACCAGGAGGAGCAGCGCCAUCAGCUGGCCCACUCGAGGUCGUCCAGCUCGCCGCCGCCGAGCGCUGCGUCGCCGACCCUCUGGCGCCGCUCUCGCUCCGAGUCGGACGUCUCCGGGCGCGCGGCGGCGCUGGGCGGCUGCGCGCCGCCCAGCCCCCAGCCGCCGACGAUGUCGAUGAUCCCGGGUGGCACGCUGCCGAAUGGGGCCUCAGUCACUGCUCCCCAACUUGCAAACGUUCCGCCGGCCAGCCAGUUUGUCUGCCAGCACUGCGGGCAGGCGUUUGCUCUGCACGAUCGGCUCGCCAAGCACAUUGCUAGCAGGCACAGGGACCGUUCGGCGUCGGUGAACGACGAGACCGGGAAGACGCACAAAUGUACGCUGUGCACGAAGAGCUUUGGGAGGAGCGAUAUGCUGACGAGACACAUGCGCCUUCACACCGGGCUGAAGCCUUACUCCUGCCAGAUUUGCGGUCAGGUCUUCUCCCGGUCCGACCACCUAUCCACGCAUCAACGGACCCACACCGGGGAGAAGCCGUAUCAGUGUCCGAUUUGCAACUAUGCCGCGAGUCGCCGCGACAUGAUCACACGCCAUAUGCGGACCCACCUUCGGCCCGACGGAACCCCCUACGACCUCUCCACCCAGAUGACCGCCAUCAAUGCGCUGGGUAGCGGCGCCGACCAGGCGUUCCGAGACAUGCUGAACGCGCUACGCGCCGGACUAGGCAGCAGCCUGGCCGGCAGCCUGGCCAACGGGCUGAGCAUCGGCUCCGGCGAGCUCUCCGCUUUCCAGAACUUUCAACGCCCCACGCCGAAGACGCUGCUCCUGCCCCCGGCGCCGCUCGUCCACUCGCUGUCCACGCCGGCCAGCCCGCUGCUGAGCCGGCAGCCCAGCUUCGGCGGCUUCGAGAAUCCGCCC